GGAUUCUGGAGGCGCGAAGAAAAAACCCCUCGUUAGAGCCCGGAGGAGAGACGGCCGAAAGCAGCAAAACCCGAUUGAAUGGCAUCUGAGGCGGAAAUUAUACUGCCGAUUGGUACCCAAAAGCAUGAUCCGGCUUGGAAGCACUGCUUGAUGAUCCGGUCGGGUGGCCGGACGAAGCUGAAAUGCAUGUACUGCAUGAAGCUUUUUCUUGGCGGCGGGAUCCACCGAAUCAAAGAACAUCUUGCCCGGCAUAAGGGCAAUGCUUCGUGCUGCCCCCGAGUCCCGCCGGAGGUCCAGGUUGCGAUGCAGCAGAGCUUGGACGGUGCGGGGGUGAGAAAGAAGAAGAAGCAUAAGCUUUCUGAAGAGGUGAAGAAGGUUAGCUUGAGUAGCAAUCAGGGAGAAGGAGGCCCAGUGGAUGCUGGGCUGCAAAUGAUGCCGCUGCCUGAAAUGCUUCAUGACAUUCCUCCACUGCAGGUGGAGGUGAGAGAGGAGGGUAUGCCCAAAGACAGAGGAAGGAAGAAGCGAGCAAGAUAUACUUCUCCUCCACCACCACCUUCUCCUGCUCCUCUUCAACCUCUUCCCACUGCAUUGCAGGUUGGCGUACCUAUCAAGUCCUAUUCAGGAGCCGCUGUUGAUAAGGAUCAUGUUGCCAUGGCAAUUGGGCGAUUUCUCUAUGAGGCUGGGGUGCCUCUGGAUGCAGUUAAUUCAGUGUAUUUCCAACCGAUGUUAGAUGCAAUUGCAGCAGCUGGGCCAGGACUCGAAAUGUUCUCCUAUCAUGAUUUCCGAGGUUGGAUUUUGAAGAGGUUGACCGAAGAAGUGAAUUACAAGUUGCUGCAUUUAAAAGGGAUGUGGGGUCGGACUGGAUGUUCUAUAUUGGCCGAUGAAUGGACCACCGACACCGGUAAAACCCUGAUCAAUUUUUUGGUGUAUUGUCCCGAAGCAACAAUGUUUUUGAAGUCGGUUGAUGCAUCAUAUAUUGUUACUUCUGCUGAUACACUCUAUGAGUUGCUUAAGCAUGUGGUGGAAGAAGUUGGUGCAACGAAUGUAGUACAAGUGAUUACAAACAACACUGAGAAUCAUGCUGUUGCAGGGAAAAGGUUGACCGAAACGUUUCCUACCUUAUUUUGGACACCAUGCGCUUCACAGUGCAUAGAUGCAAUGCUAGAGGAUAUUGGGAAGUUGGAGGCUAUAAGCGAGAUCAUUGAGAAUGCAAAAACUGUUUCAGGUUUUAUCUACAAUCAUGUGAUUGUGUUGAAUAUGAUGAGAAAGUAUACAAAUGGGAAAGAUCUGAUAAUCCACAGCGACACCCGUGCUGCCAUGAAUUUCGUCACAUUGAAGAACAUGACUUGUUUGAAAGAGGAUCUGAGAGCCAUGGUCAGCUCAGAGGAGUGGAUGGAAUGCCCAUAUUCAAAUAAGCCUGGAGGCAUUGCUAUGGCUGAUCUUAUUGGUAGUUUACCAUUUUGGUCUUCUUGCGCUGCAAUUGUUCGCAUAACAGAGCCACUAGUGCGAGUUCUUAAAUUAGUUGAAAGCAACAAGAGGCCUGCAAUGGGUUAUAUUUAUGUGGCUAUGCAUCAAGCUAAACAAGCAAUUAAGAAGGAACUGGUGAAGAAGAGUGACUACAUACCUUACUGGGAUAUCAUUGAUUGGAGGUGGGACAGGCAACUGCCUCGUCCUCUUCAUGCAGCAGGUUUCUUUCUCAACCCUCAGUUCUUCUACACCAUCCAAGGUGAAGUCUCCAAUGAGGUCUCAUCAGGCAUGCUCGAUUGUAUCGAAAGAUUAGUGCCUGAGACCAAAGUCCAAGACAAAAUCCAAAAGGAGCUUAGCUUAUAUAAAAGUGCUGCAGGCGACUUUGGAAGGAAGAUGGCCGUCAGAGCAAGACAUACUUCACUUCCUGCUGAAUGGUGGUCCACAUAUGGAGGAGGUUGCCCAAAUCUGAUGCGUUUGGCUGUGCACAUUCUCAGUCAAACUUGCAGUACAAGGGGUUGUGAACGAAUUCACAUUCCUUUCGAACAUAUUCAUAAGCAAAAAAUGAACUAUUUGGAGCAUCAGAGACUCUGUGACCUUAUUUUUGUCCGUUAUAACUUGCGUUUGCAGCAAAGGCAACUUUUGAAGACCAAACGAUUUGAUCCUAUCUCCAUUGACAACAUUGACACUGUCGAUGACUGGGUUGUGGAGAAGUGUGAACUUCUCUCUGGGGCUGAUGAAGAUCCCAAUUGGAUGGCAUUAGACCCACCAUUAGCUAGUCGAGUGAUUUCAGAAAAUUCUGAUGAUAUAGAAGUUGAAGCCUUCAUUGCAGGACUCGAUAAUGAGGUGAUCCAAGGUGCUGGUCAAGAUGCAGAGGAUGAUGAUGAGAUCAAAGAGGAGGACGAGAGCCAUGAUCGUACUUCUUUUACAUGAAAAUAAAGAGUCAUAGAAUAAAGAGAUGAUGGCUCAAUUUUGAAGUUUUUCGGGUAGCAUGAUUAUUAUUUAUGAGCUAUUUUUGCAUUUAAUUUGGUCAGCUAAUUAGAAAAGAUAUUGUAGAUCAGUAGUCUACCAGUCUGUAGAUGUUUAUGAAUUUGAAUGUGUAGCCUGAACUAGCACAUCUAUAAGAAGGCUACUUUCAUCUA